UGCACAUAGGGCGUGGGCGCGGGCGAGGCUGGUGGCCUGGCAGUGCCAUCGGUGGUGGCCGAGCACUCGGUGAUGAGGACUUCGCUUUGUUUCCUAAGAUUGAGGGAUUACCACCAAUCAGGGAUUUAACAGACGAAGAGAAGUUCCUUAUCGACAGGAAGAGGCACUUUGCGUCGUGGUGUAAGAAUUCCCCAUACUUCAUCAAAGAUAGAUCUCUCUCUCAUGAUACCUUAGCUCCAGAUGUAGAGAUGUACUCUGACAUGAAGGCAAAGGAAACAGUUCGACGUGCAACUCUUUUGGACUGCCUGAUUCUCACUCCAUCAAAUUUCCCUAUGGAGUUAAUUGAAGGACAAGCACAGCGAGAUAAAAAGAGGUCUUCAGCUCAUCGUAUUAAAGCUAAAAAAGAUUUACAUCACAUGGAUUCACUCCUUGCCAAACUCAAAGAUGAUGGAAAAGAUGAUGCUGACGAGGAUGAGGAAGCAGAGCAGGGUGAUAAAAAGAGAAAAAAGGGAGAUGAAGAUGAAGAUGAAGGCGAAGAGAAUGACAAUCUAGAAGAAGAGGAAGAUGAUGAGGCUAUCGGUGCUGAUGAUUAUACGGAGAAUUUUGGAUUUGACGAUGACGAGGAUUUUCUUGAUGGUGAGGACGAUGGUGGGAAUGAUGAACCAACUUAUGAGUAAAGGACAAGAAUGUUGCUGCAUAUAAUGGAAAAUGCAAACAGGGAAAUGCCACAGAUCCAAGUGUAAGCGUUGGGCGAGAGAGGCAAGCCCUGUGGGACGUAGGAGUUGACAUCUGACGAAAGAAAAUAGACUUAACCUCACUUUUUCUUUCUUCUUUUUGUUUUUUUUUUUCUGAUAUCAUUGUUUAUAGUGUGGUAAUUGUGUUCAUUUAGUUCCGAUUCUGGAUUUUCAAGCCUCCAGAAAAAGGGAGAAACAAUUUUGUACAGCUGAAAAUCGUUCUAUUAUUUUAGCAGUUGGUUGCAACACAGGCGCGGCACAAUGCAGGCAAAGCCAUUAAUGUGAAA